AUGCCCUACACAGAUACGGUCCUUCAUGAGAUCCAGAGGUUUGCGGACAUCAUGCCUCUGGGAGUGCCCCAUGCCGUCACCCAAGACACUGAGUUCCAGGGUUAUCACAUCCCCAAGUUCCAAGACCCGUCCUACUUCCAGCCUGAGAGGCUCCUAGAUGCCGGCGGAGCUUUUAGGAGAAGCCCUGCCUUUCUGCCCUUCUCUGCAGGGCGCCGCGCAUGCCCAGGAGAGGCUCUGGCCGGCGCCGAGCUCUUCCUCUGCCAGAGGUGGCUGCUGCAGCGCUUCUCCCCCACCUCGCCUCUGCCCUCUGCGGCCCUGCACCUGCAGCCCCGGGACAGUGGCUUCGGGAAGCAGCCACCCGCUUUCCAGCUCAUCCUGCAGCCACUAGAGCACUUCAGACCCAAGGACUCCUCCCACCCUGACAGCCCCCCUCCCGUGGCCUGA